CCUUUUUUAUAGCCACUUCUCAAAAACUGAAACCUUUGAAGAGAGAACUCAAACUUCGAUAAACAUUCUUUUUGCAACUUAGUCGGCAACUAGUUUUUACACAAAGUAAAGGUUUCUUCUCGUUCAUGGUGAUAAGUAUAAAAAUUAUAACAUGAUGAAAAGUUUGGCUAACGCGGUUGGAGGAAAGACGGCGAGGGCAUGUGACAGCUGCGUGAAGAGGCGGGCACGUUGGUAUUGUGCAGCUGACGAUGCUUUCCUUUGCCAUUCUUGCGACGGUUCUGUCCACUCAGCGAAUCCUCUUGCCCGUAGACACGAGAGGGUUCGCUUGAAAUCGUCUAGUUCGGGGAAGCAUCGCCACGCCUCCUCCUCACCACCUCACCGAGCCACAUGGCAUCAGGGCUUUACACGUAAAGCUAGGACUCCACGUGGAGGCAAGAAGAGCCACACGAUGGUUUUCCAAGAUCUUGUGCCGGUGAUGAGCUCAGAGGAUCAGAGCUACGAGGUGGAAGAUCAGCUCAUCUUUCAGGUCCCUGUGUUGAACCCUAUGGUUGAGGAGCAAUGCGUUAACGAAUCCAUGGAGACAAAGAUCGAGUUUCCGAUGAUGCCCUUAUGUUUUAAGAGCAGCGAUGAAGAAGAUGAAAACGCUGAGAGUUGUCUGAAUGGUUUGUUCCCGACCGACAUGGAACUCGCUCAAUUCACUGCUGACGUGGAGACUCUCCUCGGUGGAGGGAUAGAGCGAGAGAUCCAUGACAUGGAAGAGCUAGGGUUAGGUGAGAUGCUAAAGAUUGAGCAUGAGGAGGAAGAAGUUGCGACAAGAGAAGUGUGUGAUCUAAAUGACGCUGAUGAUGAGACUUCUCCAUUUGAAAUAAGCUUUGAUUAUGAGUACUCAAACAAGACGGCAUCAGAAGAAGAAGGAGAAGAAGAAAAAGAAGACGUAAUUAAGAAUAUGACGGGCGUGAAAGUGAAUGAAAUGAGUUGUACGGUUAAGGAAGAGAAGAAGGAGAAUGUUCCUAUGCUUAGAUUGGACUACCAAGCGGUGAUUUCCACUUGGGGUGGCCAAGGAACCCCAUGGACAGCCCUCGAGCCACCUGAAAUAGACCUCGACAUGCUCUGUUGCUCACCCAAUUCCACGGCGCAUCAACAUCACAACCACUUUCACGGCCUAGGAUUACGCAUGGGAGAUGCUGGGGAUGGAGGAAGAGAAGCUAGGGUUUCAAGAUACCGAGAGAAAAGAAGGACAAGGUUGUUCUCUAAGAAGAUAAGGUACGAGGUGCGUAAGCUGAAUGCGGAGAAAAGGCCACGAAUGAAAGGAAGGUUCGUGAAGAGAUCUUCAAUUGCUGCUGCUCACUAAGAAGAUCUUAAUUAACUAUAUAUAUCAUUUACUCUGCUUUCUUGUUACUUCUUUAAUUUGUUGCUAAAUUUUGGUGAUUGUUAGCUUUCUUUUUCUGCAAUGUUAGAAAUUUUUGCACGUUUUGUAAGCUACGUAUGUAAAUAUAGAUAUAUAUCACCAAAAGGUUUGACAAUCUUGUAAAGACUUAUUUAUAAAGUUGAUACAACGUGAAA